GCUUAGCAACAAACAUUAGCGAGCUAGCCAGUUGCCUGGCUGGCUAGUUGCUCUCAUGCGCAACGUAGUUAGCCGUAACGAAGGCUUGCCGAUGAGUAGCUAUGCGUUUUCAUCUCGUAAAUAUCACAGAUGCGCCUCAGUUGUCGACACCGAUUAAACUUUACCUCCCGUGUUGAAGCGGAAAGCCUUCGAUCAGAGCAGUCAUCAGCUAGAUAUCAGUACCGGGUGGAGCAGAGGGCUCUUUUCUGUGGGAAAAGUGGCUAAUCUUAGCUAGGUAACCUUAGCACCGGGAGUCACUGGCGUCUCCUCCUGCCACAGAGAAGAGCAGAGGGAGGCUGGAGAUAUGUGAGUGUGGGUUAGCUAACGUCGGCGGCCACUGGAUGAGUUGAAACGUGAUUUUAAAAGGUGGUAUAUGUGUUCCUGUCACAUCAGCGAAACUACCCAGGCGGAGUGGAACUGAGUAAACCAGCCGGACGUCGCCACCAUGUUGGAGGAGGACAUGGAAGUGGCCAUCAAGGUGGUCGUGGUCGGCAACGGCGCUGUUGGCAAGUCCAGUAUGAUCCAACGAUACUGCAAAGGCAUCUUCACGAAGGACUACAAAAAGACCAUCGGAGUGGACUUCCUGGAGAGGCAGAUAGUUGUAAACGAUGAGGAGGUCCGGCUAAUGCUGUGGGACACCGCUGGUCAGGAGGAGUUUGAUGCCAUCACUAAGGCCUACUACCGCGGUGCUCAGGCGUGUGUGCUAGUCUUCUCUACCACAGACCGGGACUCGUUUCAGGCUAUCGACAGCUGGAGGGAGAAGGUGGAGGCAGAGGUCGGAGAUAUUCCCACGGUUCUUGUGCAAAACAAGAUUGACCUCCUAGAAGAAACUGUUAUAAAAAACGAGGAGGCAGAAGGUUUGGCCAAAAGGCUCAAGCUGAGAUUUUAUCGAGCGUCAGUAAAAGAGGACCUUAAUGUCAAUGAAGUUUUUAAGUACUUAGCUGAGAAGUACCUCCAGCGACUCAAACAGCAAACAGCAGAGGAGACGGAGGUGCUCCAUACGACAAGCAAUAAAAUAGGUGUUUUUAAUACCACAAGUAGUAAUGUCUGCAACCAGAACUCCAGCAACGGCAGAGAAGUCAUCACUUUGCGACCCAACAAACAGAGGACCAAGAAGAGUAAAAAUCCUUUUGGAAGCUGCAGCGUACUCUAGAUAAAAAAAAUUAUUUAGUUUUAGUGACUUACUGUUGUUUCGAAGACUAAAAAUUGGUCGAUGUCUUAUUUUGAGGAGGUAGCCACAUUUAGAGACCAAAGCCCAAACAGACUGGAAAACACUAUUCUACACUACUUUGAUAACCAGAUGUUUAAUCCCUAUCCUGUGUUGUAUCCCCACAAUGAUUGUUGAAUUUCCUUUGAUUCAGUUUUGCAUCUCCAGCAAUGAUCUCCGCACAAAACCUUUGUACUCUUUUGGGGCCCCUCCUUGUGGUUGCCUUAAGUAACAGCAACAGCUGCAGCUACAGUAUGUUAUUUAGACAUGACACUAACAGUUGUCUCAUCAAAACAUGUAACGGCAAAAGGUUUGCACUCCUGCUCUGUAAAAACGCCUGUAUAUGAUUUUUACGGUCAUUCAUUCCUGUGUUUGACAUUUCAACCGUGCAAUAUGUUUGCAUGUAUUGUAGGAGAUACAAAAAUAAUUUUGUACCAUAUUUUUUUUCUCCCAGCAAAAUAUGGUUCAAACUAUAUAGUUAUUGUGGACUAAACACUACCGAAUCCACAGUUUAUUCUCUGUGCAGAAGUAUUUUUGUACGAAUCACAGCAGUGUUGGGUGAUAUUUUGACUUAAGUGUUGACAUAGUGCCAAAUUUCCUCUUUCUGAGCUUAACACUGCAGUGAUAUGGAUGUAACAUAAAAUUAAUAGAAUGUGCUUUUAUGUAUAACCAAAUAUCAAUAACUAUAACAUCGUCCUCUAUAUGUCUGCUUACACUCUACUCAUUUACAGAUUUAUUAAUCAAAGACUUUCACAAAGUUUUGGGACUCUGUGACGAAAAAGUCACAGUCAGUUAUAGCACGAUGAUUUUAACUGCAGUUUUUUACAUUUUACAUUUUUGAACUGUGCUUUUCUUUAAUACAGCUUUGAGUCACUCAUCAGUAAGCCUCAGAGUGAAUCAUUUUCAGUACUUAUGUAACAUUUCAAAACAUUCAACAUGGUACAAGAUUUUGUUUUUUAUUUCUUGUUGUGGCUUCUUCACUAUCUAAUCCAUUUCUACCCAUAAAUAUUAGUCUGCUCCUUUUUAACGGGUAAAAAAGGAGGAAAAGUGAGACCAGACAGUUGAAAAGCUCACAGCUCAGUAGUCUUAAGCAGAAUGUGAACCCCGUCUCUCUGAAGGUACAAACAGUUGAUGGUCAGGAUGGGAUGUUUUGCUUGUGUGUGCCUGAAUAUGCAAGAAAAUGUCCUCAUUACACGAGGGUACUCAUGUAACCAUAACAGAUCACCCAAACUAAUGCUCAGUACAUCUAGCUGUGAACUGCAUUGUCUGCAUUAAGCCUUUUCUUUUCCCCACAGCAGCUCAUUAUGAAGACACCGGUUUACUAAGCACAAAGACAUUAUUACCAGUUCCUUAUGAAUAGUAUUUUAAAUGCACGUUUUGUCUUUUGAAAAGGUUUUGUAACUGAUCUCAGAUCUGUUAGAAACUUUUUUUUCCUUAAUUCAACUUAAUUUUCAAGAUGGGACUGUAGUGAAAAUCCCAGCAGGUGCUUAAAAUAUGUUCCAGUUAUACCAUUUAGAUUCUGUCACAUUUUAAGCUCCCUCAUUGGUUGUCUGUAAACUGUGCUGUUUCGAAACAAAAAAGCGUGUGGCAUAACUGUAAUGCAUGCAAACCUUUUUUUCUCAUCCAGUGAAUGUAAUCAUGGUUGCAAUGCCACAAUGCCUUGUCAUUGUUUACAUCUCCCAUCGAGCACCAGUAAGCAUUUUAAUCCCUGCUCUUGCUGUUGAACUUUGCCUGCACAGUAAAUCUGUAAAUACUUAUUUCUCAAGCUUUCUUUUAUUUGUAACAUUGUGUAAAUUUACGUUUUGCUUUUUGACUGAAUGGAUAUAGCGCACUUUAUCAUUAAGAUGACAUAUAAUCUUAAAAGAACCACGAGUAAAAACUAACCAUACUUAUGUGCUGUCACUCAGGUGUUGUAAUGAUCUUUGUGUCUUUCUGUUUUUCUAAUUUUUCCACACGUGACUUCAUAAAUCAUUUCACACGUUAAGAUAGACAAACCAACAUAUGUAUGCUUUCACUCUGACAAAAACAACACUCAUUGUUGGAUUUUUUUUUAACAGUAAGAAAAUACAUCACAAAUUUAAGUGUGCCACACAGCUGUGUGCCUCGUGAUAUGUAUGGAUGGGAGUUGAUGGUGACAUAAAUAAAACUUUACCUUUUUUUCUUGA